GACCGUAAGAGCUGGCGUCUCGCCCGGAAAUUCGCAUGCAAAGAGUCCGGUGUGCUGCGACCUUUCUUUUUUUCAGAAGUCAAUUUCUCGAUUGCUUCUGCCCCUUCUUGCUCCGGGUAGGCAGGUUUAACGUUUUUCUCUCCACGCAGGUCAUUUCUUUGCCUGGAGCUGGCAGGCGGCGGGUGCGGGAUGUCCGUCCUUGGUCGUUGUGCCCUCGUGCGUCGCGCGAUGCGCGAGGGCCAGUCCCUUCUUCCCCUGAACAAACAAGACUGUGGAAUCUGUUCGUUUUUCUUGCAGAUGCUUCUCACGCAGAGUUCGGAGUGUGUGUGUGAGGUGCCGACGAGUCGUUUCGCGCUCUUCCACUCUCUCUGACGCCGUGUCUCCCCGUCCUUUCGACUCGACGUUUUGUCUCCAUGCCCUGGUGUCUCUGCCACAGCUUUUCUGAAAACCUUUCUUCUUCGCGUUUCUUCUCUUUUCCUCCCGACGCUUCUGCGUCUUUCGUGUGAGUCCUCAUCCGCUCCAUCUUCCGCCGUUCUCCCCUUCAACCUCCUGCCUCCGUUUCCAGCCUUCCACGCGACCGUUCUCUCCGCGUCUUUCUCUUCCCCUCUCGCGCCGCUCCAUCACCUUCUCCGGAUCAAAAAGCUUGUCUUGUUUUCUGAAGAAUGCCGAAUUCCCCUCGUUUCGAAAUGCGUUCCUCAGUCCCUCACUCGGCCAGCCAUUCCGUCGCCGGCGACUUUUGCAGCCGCCGAAGCUCUCCUCUGCCUUUUUCUCGUGGUGCCUCUCCUCGGCCGUCUUCCUCCAUCUCCGCGUCUUCGUGCGUCAAGAGUGAAACCCAGGGUCGCGAGCUUCCUGCUGGACGCCUCUCCUCUGCAGCCUCUCGGAGUCCUUCCUGCCGGCGUCGGCCCUCCUCGACUUCACUCUCUGCGACUAUGAAGCCUUCUGGCGUUCGUUCUGCUUCUUCAACAGCAGCUGCAAGUGAAAUUGCUUCUUCAGAGCCUUUGUCUGUUCUUCCUCUCAUAUCCGCGGCCGUUCCACUCUCCUCUGUCUCUCUCUCGUGUGCAUCUGUCUCUUCCCUGCGGUCUUCUGUUUCUUCCUUCUGUUCGUCUGUCCUUCCGUCUCUCCUCGUUUGCUUUCUGCUUCUCUGUGUCUUCCCCUCCUCGGGGCAUGCGCAUCUCCUUCAGCUCUCCAGGGACGCUCACGCGCUGCCUCUCAUCCGUACGCUCUCCUCGAACCUUCUGCAGUCCAGACUCGCGUUUCCUGAUCAAACUCUCUUUCCCUACUCGUCUCUGUCUCUUCCUGCUUCACCUGCCUCGUCGGCGCUCGCUCUCCCGACUUCUUCAGUCUCUUCUGGACCGGCUGGCUCUCCAUCUUCGCACACGUCGGAAACGACUCCUCUGCAUGCGCUCGCCGCUGCACUGCCCCCCUCCCGUCUCUCUCCUCUGCAAGCAAACUCCGGAAAGGACGCUCGGAACGCAGUAACGUCUCCUGGGCGUCAAUGUGGUGACUCUCUUGCAGGUUCUCUUCCACCAGUCGCGGACGCGCGUCUCCACUCGAGGUGCGACGAAGAGACAGAAGGCGUCGCACCUUCGAAUCUCCACGCGUCUCUUCUCGCGCCCACCGCUGCCUCUGCAUCCAAUCCAGAUGGCUUCUCGCAGCGCGACGGAGACCUCCAGUGGCUGUUCUCCCUCCGCGGAGGCGCCGGGGGCCUCGGUCCCUCUUUUUCGAGGCGACUGCCGGCUUUCCGGAGACGUCAGGCCCUCUCCAAAGUCGGGGACCGAGUGUCGACCGCGAACGCGCGGUUCGUUCGCCGGCCGCUCUCCCGCCUCGCCUCCUUCUGCCUGGGUGUGCCAGCGGUUACGCGUUUCUACUGCGCUGCCUCUGUGCUGCUGACUCUGCUGUCGUCACCGACGCUGGCGAGCUUCGUCUGCACCAAGACACCUGGCAUUCUCGGGCGCCCGCGAGACUCUUCCCAGACACAGCCUGGGCGCACCCCACAGUCUCCUCUCGCCUUCCCGCCCCCGCAAGGAGCCGAGCCCGAGGGCCUUCUCGCGCCCGAACAGCUCGCCAUGCAUGCGCCGCGCGUGCUGCGGGCCUUCGAGUUCUGGCGCCCAUUCACCGCGGGGACUUUCUUCGGGGCGCCAUCUCUCGGGACGGCUCUGCGGAUCUACGGAGCGUACACGAGUCUCCGGCACCUGGAGGAGACAGCCGCGCUCGCUCCGGGCGCGCUGGGCUCGAUUCGGGCACUUGACGGUUCUCGCGCCGCGACGAAGCCUCUCAGGCGAGGGCUGGGCGCCGCGGCGCGGGGGGACUGGAGUGCCUCGUCGCGCGGUUCAUUUUUGCUGAAGAAAUCCGAGAACGCCGGGGAAUCCGCCACGGCGCGAGGCCUCGCGGAAGCCUCAAGCGACGCCCUGGCGGCGGCGCGGUCUGCAGAGACUUUGAAGUUCCUCCUCUUCCAGUUUGCGACUCUGUCGCUGAUUGCAGGGUCGCUCAAACUCCCCUUCUUCGCCUCUUCACUUUCCAGUGCUGCGCUCUACCAGGCUUGUCGCUCGAAUCCAGAGGCGUCUGUGUCGCUGAUCAUGGGCAUCAGACUUCCACAUAAAUUCCUGCCCUACGGCUUGGCCGCCGUUGACGUCUUGCAUGCUCAGGACCUCCGCGCCGCCGUCCCGGGUCUCCUGGGAGUCUGUUCAGGCGAGCUCUACUGGUUUCUCACGCAGACCCUCCCGCUGCGCCUUGGCGGGCCGCGCCUGCUGGAGACGCCGCGAGCGUUUCAGCGGUUCUUCAUGCGACUGAAGAAGUCGACCUCCGAGAAGAAUUCGGGCAAAUGACGCUUUUCUCUGCUCAUCCGAGACUUUUUUUUGCCAGUAUUUUCUCUUGACUUUUACUUUGUUUCCCUGUAGAGAGGUGCAUUCCGGGUGUCUGUACUUCUCGCAACGCUUGUGUCUUCUCACUGCUCGUAACAACCCAACAGGAACACCGACUUCGUUACCGGCACCACCG